AUUAAGAGUAUGUUCUGUGAAAAGAGCAAAAAGGGAAGAGAGAAAAAAAGUCAGGAAGCACUAAGAUAAACUUGUUUCCUGAACAAAUUCAGUUAUAGUCAGACCAGCAUCUGUUCUGGGCCAGUCAAGCUCCUGCACAGACAGCACUGAGAGAACAGAAAGAAGAGACAUAUAGACAAGACAACGUGAGAGACGAGUGCAUCUCGUGCCCACUAUUUGACUUGUAUGUCUCACUUCUCUGAUGCUCAUCAUGAAGGUCACUGCAACAGCUACAGAUCCCAUGGCCACAGACUACACAAAUGAUUAUGAUUACAACAGUACUGCCUCUGACUAUGAUGACGCUGCCCCCUGCAGUCUGAAGGAAACAUGGGACAUUCUUCGUAGGUUUGCCCCCGUGGCUUACAUCCUUGUCUUCAUCCUGGCGCUGGUGGGUAACAUUCUGGUUCUGUGCGUGAUCCGCCGCUAUCGGCAAUCUCGACACAGCCCCUGCUCCUUCUCACUGACAGACACCUUCCUGCUCCAUUUGGCCAUCUCUGACCUCCUGCUGGCUAUAACAUUGCCAUUUUUCGCCGUCGAGUGGAUCAACGAGUGGGUUUUUGGCGUAUUCAUGUGUAAAAUAGCCGGAGCAUUGUUCUCGCUGAACGUCUAUUGUGGGGUGCUGUUCCUGGCCUGCAUCAGCUUUGACCGAUACUUGGCUAUCGUACAUGCCGUCAAUAUCAGCUGGAGACGCAAGACCUGUCACGCUCAGCUGGCCUGUGCCAUCAUCUGGGUCGUCUGCCUGGGGUUGGCAAUGGUGGACGUGUACCACCGUGACGUGGUAAACGUACCAGGCAUAAAUCGGUUCAUGUGCCAAACAGAUUAUUCUAAAGAGAACAGCCAGCAAUGGCAGAUCGGCAUGCAGCUGGUUAGCAUGAUUCUUGGAUUCAUACUUCCCCUAUUGGUCAUGCUGUACUGCUACCUUCGCAUUUUCAAAGCACUGUGCCACGCCACACGUAGGCAGAAACGGCGCUCAAUGAGGCUCAUCAUCUCAUUGGUCAUUGUGUUUGUAGUCAGCUGGGCUCCGUAUAAUGCUUUGCGGAUGACUGACAGCUUGCAGACUUUUGGGGUCAUUGUCAGAACCUGCACGCUCAUGAAGGUGCUAGAUGUGGGCACUUUCGUGACAGAAAGCUUGGGCUUGGCACAUUGCGCUUUAAAUCCGUUACUCUACGGCCUUGUGGGGGUAAAGUUCCGUCGUGAGCUCGCCCAGAUGUGCAAGGCUGUUUUAGGACCCCAAGGGUGCCUCGGAUUAGCAGGAUGGGCAAACGGUCGGGGAUCAUCCCGCAGGCCUACUGGAUCAUUCAGCUCAGUGGACAGUGAGAAUACCUCGUACUUCUCUGUCAUGGCCUGAAAAGAGUGCAAAUGAACAGGAGUGCAAGAAAAGAAGUGACCGUUUUAUCUGGAAUUGGGAAGAAGCCACAAUUUCAGUUUGUGUAAUCUGAAAGAUACACAAAGAAAGUUUCACGUUCUCUUUUUUUUUUUUUUGAAGCAAGGCAUUUUGUAAAGUAGUCUUAACAUCCAUUCUGUUGGAAAAUGCUUUGUCAUCAAUUUUCUCUUGUUACUAUUAUUGAUCUACCUGAUGGUUUUUAAAUACAUAUGGGAAUAUUCAAAAAUGUAACAACUUCUUCCUAUUUCUGAUGUAUUUUAGCUAUAAGCUCUAUGUAGCUAUAUAUUCAUAUUUUUAUAUCUUUUAUAUUUUUUAUACAUUAAAUGCUGAGACAAAGCAAUACGAUUUUAAAAUUAAAUGCUGUAGAUUAGCAUUUUUGCAGUUUGUGGCAGCUGUUGUCGUGACAAUGAAUCAUCUGUUGAGUUGUCUGAGUCUGGUACUGCAAACAGGAACUGAAAAUAGACUCCACAUCCACUUUCUUAAUUUUUCUUUUUUUUAAAUACUCUUCGUAAAAAGCACUGUAACAUCAAAUUGCGUUUUGUUUAUCAUUUUAUAAAUCUGUUGUUUGAUAUUUUAAGUAGAUGACAUCAUAUAAUACACAACACAUCACAUUUAGUAUAUAACAGGUAUGAGCAUGACCGGAUGCAAUAUUUGUAAAACACAUCUAUUGUCAUUUUUGUUUGUUGUUGCCAGUUCUGUAGUUUUAUUAAACUUGUAAUAAAGUUUCGUAUGACUCAC